GCUCUAUUUCCUUUGUAUUUUAUGCUGGAUAAUAUAAUCCAACUUUAGAAAGAGAAUAAUUUCAAUUUCAUGUUCUCAAACGGCAUGUCAAUAUGUUUUCCAAUUUUGAUGAAAAUACAAUUUUCAAUGCUGUUCUUAUAUUCUCGUGGCUAACUUUUAUAUGGGAAACAUAUCUUUCACUCAGACAGGUAAAUGAAGUAAAAAAUGCUUCUUAACUUCUUAAAACUUCUUAUCUUAAUAAAAUGUCACACUGUCACUGACACUGUCACUCAUUUCUGAAAUUUUCAUUUGGAAUUUGGCCGUACCUGUGUCAAUCAUGUUAUUAUCAGUGCUUUUUUUGUGCCGGUACGGCGUACCGGCACCUUUUUCAAUGUGGGGAAAAAUUAUUACUUUUCUUGUAUUUUAACGUUUAUUAUUAAUUAAUACGGUAUACUAAUAAAGUAAUAAUAAAACAAUUUAAGUUGGUUAAUUAUAAAAUAAAAUUGUCUUAGACAUUUAGUAUAUUUGCAGUUGUGAUUUAGCUUGCAUCGAGGUGUGAACUGGUAGCUAAAAGUUAGGCAAUCCAUCACUGAGUACCGGCACCUAUUUUUUUACAAAAAAAGCACUGGUUAUUAUAAUAUAAUAUUACGCCUAGUAUUAAGUGUGGAAACAACAAGUGUGAAAAGUAACAAAUAAAAGAUAAAAUUAACAAGAAAAUAAACUAAGAAAUGAAUUCUGGCUAUGUAAUACUAAUAAAGGGUAAACUGUUAAUGCCAGUAUUAUUACAAUAACUGGUUGAAAGUAGAAGUCAAUUUAAAGCUGUGUUCAAAAUUGGGUCACAAGUUUAGUCCCCGUUUUGUGAAUGCAGUGAUUGGCUGUGCUUAGAGUGUAUGAAAGUAUUUGCAAAGUUUUUAAGUCUUUUAGUUACACAAUAAUUUCUUUUUAAUAUAUCUUUUCUUUUGUACCAUAAUGCUAACAGUUGAAAAUUAUUUUAUGGGGUCCACUAAUGAGCAAGUUAUCUGCCAACUAUCGUCCGAUAUCCCUCACCAGCAUGGUCUCCAAACUGUUAGAGCACAUAAUCGUAAGCACAGUCAUGAAGCAUCUUGAAAGCCAAAAUAUACUCAAUGACUGUCAACAUGGCUUCCGAGUCAAUAGAUCAUGUGAUUCCCAGCUUCUCGAAUUUGUAGAAGACCUGAUGACCAAUCUGGAGAACCACAAGCAGACUGACGUGCUAGUAAUGGACUUCGCAAAGGCAUUUGACUGUGUGAAUCAUAGUUUGCUUCUACACAAACUCCAUAGAUAUGGGAUCCAAGCCACCACUAAAACAUGGAUCUCUAGCUUCCUCAGCCACCAAUGCCAAGCAGUAGUGGUGGACGGUACAAGCUCCUCCUUUUUCGAUUUGAAGUCAGGGGUCCCCCAGGGAUCAGUCCUGGGCCCCUGUUUGUUCCUAGCAUACAUUAAUGACCUACCCGAGAAACUGACAUCACAGGCAAGACUGUCCCCCAGGGAUCAGUCCUGGGCCCCUGUUUGUUCCUAGCAUACAUUAAUGACCUACCGGAGAAACUGACAUCACAGGCAAGACUGUUCACAGAUGACACAGCAGUGUAUUGGACGAUCGCCAACAGAUCUGACCAGGACCAGCUACAACAGGAUCUCAAUCUGUUAACUGAGUGGGAAAUGAGCUGGGACAUGGAAUUUCACCCUGCCAAGUGCCAGACACUAUCAGUCUCUAGAAGUUGUUCUCCUCUACACUACCAAUACGAACUGCACGGCCAUAUACUUGAGCAAGUUUCCUCCGUAAAGUACCUGGGUGUUACCAUUCAAAGAGAGGUCCGCUGGGACGAGCAUAUUAACAAUGUAUGUAACCAAGCAAACAAGACCCUAGGAUUCUUAAGGCGAAAUCUAAAGAUUGGCAACUCCUGUGUGAAAGAAAGAGCAUAUAAAGCCUUUGUCCGUCCGAUUUUAGAUUAUGCGUCUUCAGUCUGGGACCCAUUUACCCAGAAGAGCAUUGAUAGUUUGGAGGCGGUCCAGCAACGAGCAGCACGCUUUGUCCUAAACCGCUACAGGAAUACCUCUAGUGUUGGCAGCAUGCUGGAAACACUAGGCUGGUCACCAUUGGAGAAACGACGAUGACAAUCCAGGCUCUCCAUGAUGUACAAGAUAAAUAAUGGGCUGGUCCACUGUUCCAGUAUUAAACAGAAACUCGUCCCUCUCCCCCAUAGACAGCGACGAGGCCAUGACAGGCAAUUCAGGCUCAUACCAGCAAGAAGCCAGUAUAGGAGCUGCUCAUUCCUGCCCAAGACAAUCAGGGACUGGAACAAUCUUUCAAAAGGAACGGUUGAGGCGACAACACUAGACACAUUUGUGUCUAUUGCCUCAAGCCUUCAAACCCCUAGUGCAUGAUUCCCUCACAAAGUGGCACUGGAAAUCAGUGAAAUUUCCUCAUCAACACCAGGAACAGAAACAUUGCAAAUCCCAUCUACAUGCAUAGGAGCCUGAUCAAUAAAUUGAUCGUGGGCCCUUAAGAUAUAGAAGAAGUUAUAAUAUUUUAAGGCUAUUUAAUUACCCGUUUUGACAGACUGGCUAUUAAAUUUAUAAACUUAAAAAUUAAAUUACAUUUCUUGGAAUAAAUCCAAAGCAAAAAAUAAUCAAAGCUAUUAUUCUAUAUUAUAUUUUAAAGGUAUAAUAAAUUUAAAAUUUCAGCGUCAUGUUGCUAAAACAAGCAUUAAAGUCCCUGAUGCCUUGGUGGGAGUAAUGGACCAAGAAACAUUUCAGAAAGCUCGCUCUUACCAUCUUGAUAAAAGUACAUUCGGAAUGGUCCAAGGUUUUUAUAGCCAAAUUGAGUCUACGGUAAAAAAUAUUAAUUUAGGUAUCGAUUUCCUUUACAAUUCUGAUGAAUUAAUGAAUCCAAAAAGAUAGGAUUUUAUUUAAUUUUCUUCCAUCUUUACCAAUACUUAUGACUUACAUUAAAUGUAUUAAUUUUAUCUGAACUAUUCAAAUUAAUUAACAUUCAGUUUUAAAGGAUUAUGUUUUAACUUGUUAAAGAUCUUACUGACAAAUAAUUGGCUGCUGAUUUAAUGAAUGAAUCUUUUCAUCAUAAACUAAUGUGAGGUGGUGCACAAGAUUUCUUUUUUUUUUUAAACUUAUAAAUAUUAUGAUUCUCAAAUAUAUUUUAAUGAAUCAAUUUUUCCUAACCUAGGUUUUGCCACUCUCAUUUCUUUUAUUUAAUGUAAAAUAUUUAUAUUCCCUCUAUUUUGCCUUAUCCAGAUUAAAAUUAAAUCAAGUAUUUUUGCACUUCGUGUGGAUCUCUUCGAUGUCAAUUAAUAUAGGAUUUACUUCUUGCCAUCCACAGGUUCUUUUGUGGUUUGGUGCUUUUCCGGCACUAUGGAAUCUAGCCUCUCUGACCCUGUUAAAACUGGGCAUUCCCCAGGGCGAGGUAAUCAUAGAUAUUAACAGCACAAAUAGUUUUCUUUACCUUAAAAUUAUAUUAUUUUUUUUUUACAAAUACCCAUCAAGUAAUAUAUAAAUGGCAUUAUUUUGAGGACCAACUUUUUUCUAUUAAACAGAUUGGCCAGUCUUUGGUGUUUAUGCUGAUUGCAAUGCUGUUUUCCACUGUGACAAGUCUGCCUUGGUCUCUGUAUAGUACAUUUGUGAUAGAAGAACGACACGGUUUCAAUAAACAGGUCAGUGAAAUAUGGGAGGACGCUAUGCAUAAGCUAUGCAUUACGGGGCACUAGAAUAUUUAAGUGUGCAGUCCUGAAAAAUAAUUAUGCUUAAAACUAUCUUUUCUCAAACAGACUCUAGGAUUUUACUUCAAAGAUACUGCCAAACACUUGUUGGUGACAACAGCGAUUGCAUUACCUGUCACCGCUGCCCUGAUCCUCAUAAUACAGGCCGGAGGAACCUACUUCUUCAUAUACGCUUGGCUUUUCAUUCUUGUGGUCUCACUGGUAUGUAUGAGAAACAUACUUUUUUAAAAUAUAGAAUAUGUAUUGUUAUAAAAUGUUUAUUCCCUUCUACAACUCAUACAUUUUUUAAAUAUUUUUAUUUCACUUACUGAUUGUGAUGACACUAAAAUUUGUUGUACCGGUACACUGGGUAAACACAUUCCACUUUAGCGAUUAUUUAAAUUUAGUCAGCAAAAAUUGUUUUCUGAAUAUUUAGUGAUUCUCAGGCAUUCCUCUUGUUCAUUUGUAUUAAGACAUAUUUUGUAUUAGCAUCUUACUAUAAUUUUAAAAAAAGCUAUAUAAUUUUGAAAAUAACUGUUAAAUAGACUUGUUACCAUCUAUAUUUCUUUUUUUAACUCUAGGUAAUGAUAACUCUUUAUGCUGAUUACAUCGCUCCCUUGUUUGACAAAUUUACACCAUUGCCUGAAGGAGAACUUCGUACACGAAUUGAAGAAUUAGCCAGCAGUAUUAAUUUCCCAUUAAAGAAGCUCUUUGUAGUCGAAGGUAGGUGAUUUCAAGCACUCGGCAAAAGAUGAGUUGAUAAGUGUCAAAUUUCUUUUAUUAAAUUUUUCUGUAAUUAAACACGUGCUUUAUUAUAUAAUAAAAAUACUUUUUUGCAGGUUCCGAAAAGUUCAUUGAAUUAAUCACAUUGUCUUCGUGUACCUUGCAGGUUCCAAAAGAUCGUCUCACAGCAAUGCCUACUUUUAUGGGUUUUUCAACAACAAGCGAAUUGUUCUUUUUGACACCUUGCUAGAAGACUAUGCCCCUGAGAAUAAGGAGUCUGCUGAGGAGGAAAAGAAAGAAGGUGAAGAGGAUGAGGAAGAAAAAGUAAGCAUUCAUUCUGCAUACAUUUAAGUUGUAAUGCUUAAAAUUAGGUUUCUUUAAUAAAUAGUACCAACCUUGUGUGAUGGGCUUUUCCAGGAAAUGUUUAUUGUGUUUUAACAAUUAUUAUAUUGGUCACCAUGCCAAAGGUGAUUUUUGUUUUGUUUAAGAAUAUACAGAUACAGAUGUCCUUCUGGCUCAGACCUGAAUACACAGAUUAUUAUAAUUUAAAUUUAACAGAUCCUUUGAAUCCUGUGUUAGGGUGUCCAAUCAUUAGCAUCAAGUACUGGAAAUUUGUUUGCUAUUUUCUCCCUAUUUCACCAUCCAUACCAAAUCUCAAUUAGCGGGUGAUUUUUUUUAAAGUGAUUAAAUAUUACAACAAUUUGAUUAGGUGACUGAAUCCGAAGACAACAAAACUGAGGAGGCCCCUAAGGACAAGGAGAAGAAUGAGAAAGAAGUUGAAAGCUCAACAGAUGAAACAGGGACUGCUGAGGACAGUGAGUCCAAGAAGAAAAAGAAGAAGAAAGGCUGCAACAAUGAUGAGGUCCUGGCCGUUUUAUGCCAUGAGUUGGGUCAUUGGUAUCUUAAUCAUGUCCUUAAACAGUUGGUUUUGUCUCAGGUGAGUAGUUGGGUUAUUGGUAUCUUAAUCAUGUCCUUAAACAGUUGGUUUUGUCUCAGGUGAGCUGCCCUGCAUUUUUGUAUCAGGUUAGUUUAUUUGAUUUAUCUCAGGUGUGUUGCUGUACAGUUUUCAUCUCAGAUGAGUUUAUUUUUAUAUUAGUUUAGUGGCGUUUUUUUCUUAGGUAUGUUGUCCUGUAUUUGAUCACUAGUGAGUUGUCAUAAAGUUCAGCUCAGGUAAAAAGCCUUAUAGUUUUAUCACUGGGCUCAUUGUUCUAUCCAAAACUAUUUCCUCAAAAUGAUAAAUUAAGUUUAGAUUGUUUGCAACAAACAUCACCUCACUGAUAGUUACAUUUUUAAUCCCAAUUGCUUGAUGCUGAUUGCUACAUUUUUAAUGACGUUUGCUUGAUAAUCAUCACCCAGCUAACGUCACCUUGUUUUAUUGCCCCCCCCCCCCCCCCCCCCGGUGAACUUGUUGCUGUGUUUGAUGGUGUUCGCAGUACUCAUAAAAGAAACUGUGCUGUAUUCAGCAUUUGGGUUUGACACACAGCCCAUUUUGAUUGGUCUCAUUAUUAUAUUCCAGUUUAUUUUCGCUCCUUACAAUGAGGUAAGCAAUGCAGGAAGUCUUUUGAAAUCUGAUUUGAUACAUUUUGUUCUUUGAUAAAUAUAAGCUUUCUUUGCUUUUACUGUAAGUGUAAGGCUUUUUUUUUUCAAAAAUUAAAUAGUACCGGUAAUACUUGUGUUAAAUUGUUUCAGAUUUUAUCGUUCAUUGUCACACAUAUCACACGGAAGUUUGAAUUCCAAGCAGAUGCGUUUGCGCGUAAAAUGAACCACAGUCACCUUCUGUGCUCCGCCCUGAUCAAGCUGAAUGAGGACAACUUGAGCUUCCCUCUCAGUGAUUGGCUGUAUUCAGCGUGGCAUUUCUCACACCCACCACUUCUGGACAGACUGAAGGCAUUGCAGGAAGGCAGUGAUGAGAAGAAAACUCAGUAGUUAAAGUAAUGGUGCGGAUCAAAAGCUUAAUAACAUGUUAAAGUUCAAUUAUUUCUUUAAUACUUUAUAUUUAUAAAUUUCAUAUUCUUUUUUUUAUUUUAUUUUUUUUUUUGCUCAAUUGCAAAAGGAGGAUUUUUAGUGGGUUUUUAUGCAGCUCAAUGACCCAGACUUGUCUAGGCCGAUAUGCUAGCAAUUUUUAAGUGACAAGCAGUGCAAUUCUAAUUAAGGUCGUCCAGUGAUACCAUACUGGAUUUUGGGCAGAAAGAUAAUAUAUAAAAUGACUUUACUACCAAACUACAUUGGCAAGGCAAGUAAGUAAUUGAGGCUAGGAAUAGAAUUUUGUUGAUGAAUUGUUUUGAAAUGUAGAUGCCUGGAUGCCUGAUUUUAUUACUUAUUUUACUAACUUUUUAUAUGCUUUCUCAGCUUUUAAUUUUUUUCUUCAUUUUAAUUGGAUCGUCAGUUUUACUUUUGAGGUAACGGGGGAUUUUCUGUAUAUAAUUUUGAAAUUUUGACCAAAACAUUUUGUUACACUUAAGACAUGCCAAAGUUAUGAUCUAACUUUUUAAAACAAGUUUUAGGGCUAGGAAUUAGAAAAAUACAGUUAAAUUACAUAUGCAAACAUAUUUGUUCAGUUAUUAGGCUCUAUUUUUUUUUCUCUCUUUCUUUUUUUGCUUUUUAUAUACAUAUAUUAUGUUAUAUAAAAAAACUCAACUAAAAUCAAACACUUUCCAUCCUCUAAAGAAGGAUUGUGCAUUUCAAUAGUUUUAUCUGUCAGUAAUUAGAAGCAAAAUAAUGGUUAACGAAACAGUCAGGAUUCUGAUUUUGCGAUGCUUUGAAGACGGUUUUAUCGUACUUUGACUGUCAACCUGGCUUCCAAAGAUAGAUUAAAAUUGUAUCCUGACCAUUGUUAUUUUAAACAUAUUAAUCACAAGUCAGUGGUUCACAGCCCUCGCCCUGAGUUGUUCACUUUUCUUAUAAUUAUACUACAGCCAUCUUGUUAUUGUGUUACAGGUAAGAUGUGAAUCACUGCUGUUUUCAGCAUGCUAGAAUUUUGUUUUCAAAGUGUUUUUUCAUUUGUAUUUGACAUCUCAAUGCAUUUGUGUCGACACUAAAGCUAUCUGACUUUGCUAUUGAACCUUUAACAUUAAAUAAAACUCAAAGAAAUGUCUUCAAACACGUUUGUUGUUGUUCAUGAAUGAUGAAUGUUUGACAUCAAGAGAAAUAAAUACUCAAAAUUCC